GUCGUCCGUGGGCGCGCAGGCGAGCGGGGUGCAGUCAUGGCCACCCAGGUGAUGGGGCAGUCUUCUGGAGGAGGAAGUUUAUUCAGCAACAGCGGCAACAUGGGCAUGGCCUUACCCAACGACAUGUAUGACUUGCAUGAGCUCUCCAAAGCCGAACUGGCUGCACCUCAGCUCAUCAUGUUAGUAAAUGUGGCCUUGACUGGGGAAGUCAACGGCAGCUGCUGUGACUACCUGGUUGGGGAAGAAAGGCAGAUGGCAGAACUGAUGCCCGUGGGGGACAACAGCUUCUCAGACAGCGAAGGGGAAGGACUUGAAGAGUCGGCUGAACUAAAAGGUGACCCCAGUGGGCUGGUAAACAUGGAGCUGAGAAGCUUGGAGCUAAACGCCGUGGAACCACAGCCUGUAUUCGAAGCAUCCCCUGCCCCAGAAACGUACAACUCGAAUAAAGAUCUCCCUCCCGAAACGCUUGGGACUGAGGACAAAUGCAAGAACCUGAAGGCCAAGCCCUUCCGCUGCAAGCCCUGCCAGUAUGAGGCAGAGUCGGAAGAGCAGUUUGUCCAUCACAUCAGGGUUCACAGCGCCAAAAAGUUUUUUGUGGAAGAAAGCGCAGAGAAGCAGGCAAAAGCCAGGGAGUCUGGCUCUUGUACGGCAGAGGAGGGGGAUUUCUCCAAGGGCCCCAUCCGCUGUGAUCGCUGUGGCUACAAUACCAACCUGUAUGAUCACUACACUGCUCACCUCAAGCAUCAUACCAGGGCCGGGGAUAAUGAGCGAGUCUACAAGUGUAUCAUUUGCACAUACACAACAGUGAGCGAGUACCACUGGAGGAAACACUUGAGGAACCAUUUUCCUAGAAAAGUCUACACGUGUAGCAAAUGCAACUAUUUUUCAGACAGAAAAAAUAAUUAUGUCCAGCAUGUUCGAACUCAUACAGGAGAACGCCCUUAUAAAUGUGAACUUUGUCCUUACUCGAGUUCUCAGAAGACUCAUCUAACUCGACACAUGCGUACUCAUUCAGGAUGUCAACUAAAUGGAUACAGAAUCUGACGGCACAUGGAGUCAUCCUUGAACUGCUUUUAUAAAGAAACUGGAGUCGAGUUUUAAGACGGAAGCCCACCUCUUGUUGUCGGUCGGUUAAGACAGUACAUCUACAAUGAAAAGUAAACAUUUCUAAAAGAAACCGAAUACAUACACAGUUUUCUUUUGUAAUCCCUGGGGUGUCGUAAAACCAGUGGGCGUCUUUCAGGUCUUCUGGGGUCAGUUCUACUUGUCUGGUAUGUUGGUGCCCAGCCACAACAGGUUCAUCUCCCAUGUCAAAGGCCAAGGAGUCGGCAUCAAACUCAAAGGGAACUUCUUCCUUCUGUUCUGUGGAGUGCCAGAAUGUUCUCCCAACUCUUCCUAGAACAAAUUAAACCGAG